AUGAAUGAGAAAACGCUGGAGACGGGCGAGCUGAAGGGACGCAAGAAUCUUCCCACCUUCUCCCUUUUCGUUGCAGGGCCGAAGGCGAAAGCCAUACCAAGCCGAGAAUAUGCAAAUUCCCCCUUGACGAUCGGCUCGCUUCAAAGAAAGCAGAAUCAGAAUGUUAGAAUAGUCAGUCCUGUGGUCGGAAUUGGAGGGAAUAGUCGAGGUACUGCAAAGAUGAGCCGACGACAGCACAAGCUCAAUAGCAAGGAAUCCAUUGCCAAGAAUAAACUCAGUAGCAAGGAAUCUAUAGCCAAGAAGGCUGGCACUCAGGACUCAAACCUAUUAACUGAUGAGUCCAGGGAUGACCUCCAAGGUGGCACUAAAGAUUAUGACUACUCUAGACAUGCCAGAAAUGACUCCGACGGGAGAAAUGACUCCGACGGGAGAAAUGACUCCGUAAAAAGUUUCAAACAGAAACAGCAGGAGACAGGUGAAUCGAGCUUCGUCGGGGCAUUGGCCGGACUUCAACGAAACUCAACGAUAACUACGAAUACUUGCGCAGCGGACAACUCCCCUACCCGACCACUCCCAACGGCCACUGGCGAGCACAUUAGUCCACAAUCGAACGAUCAUUUGAACGAUCAUUUGAACGAUCAUUUGGACGACCGUUUGCAUAGGCCGCUGGUCUCGUUUUUACUGGACUCGGCUUCGCUGGACUCGGCUUCGCAGGACUCAGCCCCCCAGGAACGCGUUUUCGAGGACUCGGCUUCGCAGCAACGGGUUGUAGAGGACGCGCCGCCUUCGCAGGAACGGGUUGUGGAAGACACGCCUUCGCAGGACCAGGUUUCACAGGGCCCGGCUUCGCAGCAGGGAAAUCAAUAUUCCGUGACUGAAUACGACCGUUUGUUGCCGACGGUAGAUUUGAAGUCCUCGAGCUCGUUGUUGGGCGGGAUCUCGCUGUUGAGGAAAAGAAGUAGCCGAGCAUCGAACGAAACGUCCAUCACUGCCGGGGGCCUUCCGGAGGUGUGCCGAGAACCGCCGCUUACGUUGCUGUCGUCCACUCGUCAGUUGACGAGCGCUCAGGCGACCAGGGGGUUUGAGCAGGGGGAGGUGCAGACGAGGGAGGGGAAGGACAACGAAGCAACGGGGGGCGAGGGGACGGGUGGCGAGGGUGCGGGUGGCGAGGGUGCGGGUGGCGAAGGGACGGGGGGCGAGGGUACGGGGGGCGAGGGUAUGGAGGGCGAGGGUACGGAGGGCGAGGGAACCAUGGAUCACGCGGAGCGGGGAGUGGGGGCUGCUUCAGUUUCAGAUGCCACGGGAGAGGGAGCGGAGAGUGGUUCGCUUCAGGAGCGUUUGAGGCGUCUGAAGGAGCGUAGUUUGGCGCAAGAGAGGUUGAAGAAGAGUAUUUUGGACGACUAG